AUUAACAAAUUGUAUUUUUAAAAAAAUGUUUAAUGUCUGUUUUAAAUAGUACAGCUUCUGCGUUUUCUUCAUCUCUAUUUCCUGUGAGUCAUUUGAUUCUAAAAGAAUGGAAUCUCAAGAAUCCCAUCACAAACUACAUGUAAUUUUUGUCCCAUAUCCAACACCUGGACAUAUGAAUCCCAUGAUUGACACAGCAAGGCUAUUUGCCCAACAUGGUGUUAAUGUUACCAUCAUCACCACACAUGCCAUUGCUUCAACCUUCCAAAAAACCAUUGACACUGACUUCAAUUCUGGAUAUUCCAUCAAAACUCAGCUUAUUCACUUCCCUUCAGCUCAAGUUGGUCUCCCUCAUGGUGUUGAAAACAUCAAAGACGCCACUUCCCUUGAAAUGCUUCGUAAAAUCAACCAUGGAAUAUCUAUGCUCCAAGAUCCAAUCGAGGCUCUGUUUCAAGAUCUUCAACCAGAUUGCAUAGUCACUGAUAUGAUGCAUGCUUGGACUGUGGAAGCAGCUGCAAAACUAGGUAUUCCAAGGAUUUACUAUUACAGCUCAAGCUAUUUCUCCAACUGUGCAUCUCACUUUAUCAGAAAGUAUAGACCUCAUGAUAAUUUAGUUUCUGAUACACACAAAUUUACAAUUCCUGGUUUGCCUCAUACCAUUGAGAUGACACCUCUGCAGAUUCCUGAGUGGUUAAGGGAGAAGAAUUCCGCCAAAGACUAUUUUGAACCAAUGUUUAAAUCUGAGGAAAGAAGCUAUGGGACACUCUACAAUAGUUUUCAUGAACUUGAAAGUGAUUAUGAGAAGCUUAGUAAAACUACAAUGGGGAUCAAAUCAUGGGGUGUAGGACCAGUUUCAGCUUGGGCUAAUAUGGAUGAUGAUAGAAAGACUAUUAGGGGACAAAGAGAGGAACUUGGAAAAGAAUCUGCAGAGUUGUUAAACUGGCUUAACUCAAAGCAAAAUGAGUCUGUUUUGUAUGUAAGUUUUGGAAGCCUUACUAGGCUUUCUCAUGAACAGAUUGUGGAAAUAGCUUAUGGACUUGAAAAUUCAAGUCAUAGUUUCAUUUGGGUUGUUAGAGAAAAUGAUAAAAAUGAAGACAAAGAAGGUUUCCUACAAGAUUUUGAGGAAAGGAUGAAAGAAAGCAAAAAGGGUUAUAUCAUAUGGAACUGGGCACCACAGCUUCUGAUAUUGGAUCACCCUGCAACAGGAGGGAUUGUAACUCAUUGUGGUUGGAACUCAAUCCUUGAAAGCCUGAGUGUUGGUUUGCCAAUGAUCACAUGGCCAAUGUUUGCUGAGCAAUUUUACAAUGAGAAGUUGCUUGUUGAUGUUUUAAAAAUUGGAGUUUGUGUUGGAUCAAAAGUGAACAAGUUUUGGCUUAGCAUUGGAGAAGAUCAUGUAGUGGUGAGAAGGGAAGAUAUUGCAAAGGCUGUUGAGAUUUUGAUGGGAAGUAGUCAAGAGAGCAAAGAAAUGAGGAUUAGAGCAAAAAAGCUUGGUGAUGCUGCCAAGAGGACUAUAGAGGAGGGUGGAGACUCUUACUACAACUUGAUUCAGUUGAUUGAUGAGCUGAAAUCAUUGAAAAAAUCUAAAGCAAAUGGUGAGAAAUAAGAUUAGAUGAUUGCAAUGAAGGAGUAGUAAUCUUGGUAUUUCAGGAAGUGUAGCUUUUGAAGGCUUUGAAUAUGAUGAAACAACAUACAAUCAACCCUGUGCACUGCAAUGGUGAUAAAAUAAGUUAGUUAUUUCUUGUUAUACUAAGCAAUUGUCAUAUUAAGCUAAGAAAAAGAUUUUAAGAUGAAUUAAAUUUUGUUGUCUA